AUGUUGUCCCCAUCGCUUCGUGUCCUCUGCCGCGGAGGCGCUUCGAUGCGCUCUCGGGCGUUCAGCACAUCUCCUGCCGUGCAUGCUGCCGAGGUCAAAUCCCUAGGAGUGAUUGGAGCUGGACAGAUGGGACUCGGAAUUGCUCUCGUCGCUGCUCAGAAAGCUCAAGUCCCCGUAAAGCUAGUUGAUAACUCUCAGGCAUCUCUAGAUAAGGGCCUGAAGUUCGCGGACAAGUUGCUUGAUAAGGAUGUUUUUAAAGAGCGCAUCACAAGGGAGGCGGCAGACGCCGCACGGGGUCGCAUCACAUCCAGCCUGAACCUGGACGACCUCUGCUCCGUGGACUUUGUCAUUGAAGCUGUCCCCGAGAUCCCUGAUCUUAAAACAUCCAUAUUCUCAAAGCUCGCGCAUAUUGCUCCUAAGCAUGCCAUCCUUGCUACGAACACCUCGUCCAUUUCGAUUACCAAGAUCGCAGCUGCUACAACGACAGAUCCUACGGACCUCCAGGCCCCGUCGCGAGUCAUCUCGACCCAUUUUAUGAACCCCGUCCCUAUCCAGAAGGGUGUGGAGAUUAUUGCUGGCUUGCAGACGUCUAAGGAGACAAUUGACGCCGCUAUUGCCUUUGUCCAGCGCAUGGGUAAGGUCGCAGCCGUGUCCGCGGACUCGCCUGGCUUCCUUGCGAACCGCAUCCUCAUGCCUUACAUCAACGAGGCAAUCAUCUGCCUUGAGACUGGCGUUGGUAAUCGCGAGGAUAUUGAUAGCAUCAUGAAGAAUGGAACCAAUGUGCCCAUGGGACCCUUGACGCUAGCCGACUUUAUUGGAUUGGACACUUGCUUGGCCAUCAUGAAUGUUCUGCAUCAAGAAACUGGAGAUAGCAAGUACAGGCCGUCUGGUUUAUUGAAGAACAUGGUCAAUGCUGGCUGGCUGGGCAAAAAGUCCGGGAAGGGAUUCUACGACUACUAA